CGGGGACCACACGGACCACGUGCUGCUGGAGCAGUGGGCCAUAAAAGCCUGGCUCAGAGUGAAGCUGCUGGUAGAGUGGUCAUGAUGCAGAAGCUGGGGCUGCUGGUUGCGGUUGCUGUGUUUCUGGAGACGGCGUCUGGGACCUCGCUGGGGCUGGUCCACACGGAGGGAGGCCUGGUGCAGGGGAAGAACGUGCGUCUGGGCAUCGGCCGCCACAUGGACGUCUUCAGGGGGGUCCCUUACGCCGCUCCCCCCGGAGCGUUCCAGAAGCCGACGCGGCACCCGGGCUGGGACGGUGUUCUGAAGGCCACGGAGUUCAGGAAGAGGUGCCUCCAGCUGAAUCUGCUCAUGACGGAGACCAGAGGCAGCGAGGACUGUCUGUACCUCAACAUCUGGGUUCCUCACGGCCAAUCAGUGUCCACUGGUCUGCCAGUCAUGGUCUGGAUCUACGGAGGAGGCUUCCUGGUCGGAGGCUCGAUGGGUGCGAACUUCCUGGACAACUAUCUGUACGACGGGCAGGAGAUCGCAGACAGAGGAGACGUCAUUGUGGUGACGCUGGGAUACCGAGUGGGAACGCUGGGCUUCCUGAGUACUGGAGAUGGAGACCUGCCCGGAAACUACGGUCUGUGGGACCAGCAAGCCGCCAUCGCCUGGGUGAGCAGGAACAUCCGGGCCUUUGGAGGAGACCCUGACAACAUCACCGUCUUUGGCGAGUCUGCAGGAGGAGCGAGCGUCAGCUUCCAGACACUCACUCCUCACAACAGGGGACUGUUCAAACGGGCCAUAUCCCAGAGCGGAGUGGCCCUGUGCCCGUGGGCAGUCAACAGGAACCCGCGCAGGUUUGCUGAGGAGGUCGCUAUAAGGGUGGGCUGCCCCACUAACGAGAAGAUGGCGGCCUGUUUGAAGAUGACCGACCCUGUGACCCUGACGAUGGCCGGCACGCUCAGUCUGUCCAGCUCAGUCGACAACCCGCUGGUCUACAACCUGGUCCUGUCUCCGGUCAUCGACGGUGACUUCCUGCCAGACGAGCCUCAUAAUCUGUUCCACAACGCCGCAGACAUCGACUACAUCAUUGGAGUCAACGACAUGGACGGACACCUGUUCACUGCCUUAGAUGUUCCUUCAGUCAACUCCGUGCUGGUGGACACCCCAGUUGACGAUGUGAAGAGGCUCCUGGGCUCCUACACGAAGGAGAAGGGCGUGGCUGGACUCAAGGACGCGUAUUCUACCUAUUCGUCAAACUGGGGCUCUAAUCCCAGUCAGGAGACCAUCAAGAAAACCAUAGUGGACAUCGGGACAGACUACAUCUUCCUGGUUCCUGCACAGACGGCUCUCUACCUUCACGCCUCCAACGCAGCAACGGGCAGAACCUACUCGUACGUCUUCAGUCAGCCCAACCGUAUGGGAGGCCUGGGUCGGCCUCUCCCCGGCUGGAUGGGAGCCGACCACGCAGACGACCUGCAGUAUGUGUUUGGGAAGCCCUUCACCACGCCGCUGGGCUACUGGCCUCGCCAUCGGGACGUCUCCCGCUACAUGAUCGCCUACUGGACCAACUUCGCCAGAACUGGAGACCCGAACAAUGGAGCGCUGAGUGUUCCUGUGACCUGGCCCGCCUUCAGCAGCGGAGAACGGUUUCUGGAGAUCAAUUCUAAGAUGAACAAGGAUUAUGUCAGGCAGAAACUGAGGCUGCGUUAUGUGCAUUUCUGGACCAGUGUGCUGCCCAGUCUCCCCACAACCCUGUGAGGAUGAAAGCAUCACCUGCACUGGGAGAGAAAUAAAAUGAGCAAUACAAA